UGCUCUCGACUGUGAAGUCCAUAAGACAAGGCGCGCAUAUCAAGGGAAAGCCAACUCCUGUGUGCUAGGUUAAAAUAAAGACCAACAAUGGCAACAGUAGAACAUCUUUACAAAGCGUUUGGUGUACUUGCAGAUGCAAAAGAGAAGGCAGGAGAGCAUGAAGCAGAAUAUCGUCUCUUUAUGGAGGCAGUUAAAGGAAGUCAAGGGGAGAAACGUCUGGCAUCACAGUUUUUGACCCGUUUCUUUAAACAUUUCCCUGGCCUUGCUCGGGAUGCAAUCAAUGCCAUGUUUGACCUGUGUGAAGACAAUGACAUAAAUAUACGAAAACAAGCCAUAAAGGACCUGCCAUCCCUUUGCCGAGUGAGUCCAGAACACACUGUUCAGAUUGCAGAGGCACUGACUCAGCUGCUGACAUGCGAAGAUGCCACCGAGCUGGGAAUAGUUCAGUCUGCUCUUGUAACCCUCUUUUCCAUCAGUGCCAGAGGCGUUUUGGAAGGAAUUUUUCAGCAGAUUUUGGCUGAGCAUGAGGAAGAAGACCCUGUUCGUGAGAAAGCUCUCAAAUUCCUUGUACAGAAGCUGAAAACACUCCCAGAUGAUGCUCUUGAUAAGGACUGUGACGAUUUUGUCAUUGCUGACUGUAAAAAGGUGCUCGAAGAUGUCACAAAAGAUGAAUUUAUGGCUGUGAUGGAUAUCCUCCGCAGCUUGAAGUCAAUGAGUACAGUACAGGGUCGACAACAGCUGGUGGAGAUUGUCACUGAGCAGGCAGAACUAGACCAGCCACUGCAGGUGUCAGAUGCAGACUGUGUGGAUCGUCUUUUGCAGUGCAUUAAAACAGCUGCUCCUUUGUUUUCUAAAAAUGUGCAUUCCAAGGCAUUUGUUGGAUAUCUGUGUGACUACGUCUUACCUGAAUUACCACACCUUGCUAGUCCAGAUGAUGAAGUGAAUAUCCAACUUGAGAUGUUAAAGCUGUUUGCAGAGAUCUCAGAACAUGCAGGUGACUUGGAAAAUGUACAGUCACGGGUGGAGAAAGUCUUUGACAGGCUUCUGGCGUACAUGCCACUGCCACCUUCUGAUGAAGAAGAAGAUAUGUCGGCCACUGAAGAACCAAAGCUGCAAUUUUCCUACGUUGAGUGCCUCAUGUAUGCUUUCCAUCAGCUGGCACGUCGCUGUCCAUUAUUCCUGGCUGAUGAAGCGAACUCUGAAAGGCUGAAAGAUUUUAAAAUUCGUCUUCAGUAUUUUGCACGUGGUGUUCAAGUGUACAUUAAACAACUGAGGGCAGCAUUGCAAGGGAAAGCAGGUGAUGAACUUCGUACUAAUGAGAACAAAAUCAAAGUGGUGGCCUUGAAAAUUACUUCAAAUAUUAAUGCCCUCAUCAAAGACCUUUUUCACAGUCCUCCAGCAUACAAGGCAGCCAUCACUCUUUCCUGGAAACCUGUAGUAAGCAAAACAACAAAUACAUCUCGGGAUACUCCACCUACUCCAGGCCAGAAGAGGAUCACUCCUAUCACAUACAGUUCCAAUGGAACAGCGCCAAAAAAGACAAACAAAGAGGAUAGAGCUCUAUAUUCUCCUCCCAGUGGCAAGUUUAGCCAGAAGGCAGGCAAUUUCUAUAGAGGAGGUCAGGGAGGGAAUCAAGGAGGCAGAGGUGGAUUUCGAGGCAGACGUGGCCAGAAUUUCCAGCGUUACUGAUGACAGCACUCCACUUUCUCUACACAGAAAACUAAUGUGAAGUUUACAUUGUUUGGGGUGGGGGGGUAACACAUCAUUGGAUGAGAUCAGUAUUGUGAAUGUGACAUUCAGAUAAACACAUCGAUCCAAUUUUUCUUGAAAAAAUGUUCUCAUGUGUGAUUUUUAAGUCAUAAAACAUAAAAUUAAGAUUUUAGCAGCUUUAUGAUCAUCCCUUUUUUGAUGUGUCAUGUAGUUUGUAUGAUGUGAUUGGUAAAUAAAAUGCUGUACUUGAUACCCAUUGCGAUAUGCUGUCGGAAAGCAGUAUUUGAAUGCCAAGCAGCUUAUUCAGGAUCCGUUCAAAGCAAAACCUUCUGACACAUUUAGCAGAGGGUUCCUGGUAUUGUUUCCUUUAUCAAAUCAUGGUAAAGUAAAAUAUACACAGUGAGGACAUUCAGGACGAUACUAGCUAAACAAACAAAAACUGCCAUUUGAUGUAUAAUGCAUAUGUAGGUUUUGUAGCACAAGAAAAAGAAAACUGAUGAAUAUUUUAUGUUCAUAUGCAGCAUUUUUCACAUCAGUACAUAAAUUUUUAGCUCAUGCAGAAAA